AUAAUAUUAAUAAUCAUCAUCCACUCCUGCAGGGGGCAGCAGCAGCAUCAGCAUCAGCAGCAGCAGCAUUAUCAUCCUAUUUCCGGUGAAGAAGACGAACCACCACAACCUGACGGUAAUGCCGUUCCAUUUCUGCUCCCAGUGUGGGACAAAGUUGGAGCCUGAUUUCCGGUUUUGCCCGUCGUGUGGGGUAAAGCUUCCGUCUGUCGUCGAUGGUUCGGCUCCCGUGAGCUCGAAUGCAUCUUUAAAUGUCUCCCCACACAAAAGGGAUGAAGUCGCAACAGCAGUCGCUAAAGAAAAACUUUCCUCAAGCCGAUGUUGUGAGCCCAGAGAAGGCACGGUAACAACUCGUCCUGCACUGCAGAAGACUCGCAACUCCCUCCGUCUGCACAGGGAACUUGAGUUUGACAUCAGAGAUGCUGCUGCUGCUGCUCCUCCUCCUCCUCCUGCUGUGGUUCCCUCUGCUGAUCCUGUCAAAAAUUACAAGAUUGGAGAUAAUAGCGCUGGAUUCCACAGAUCUCCAGUGAAGCAGCACACGGUAACUUUCAACACCCACGUCGAGCCAACAACAGAGUCUUCAACUUCUCCUUGUGUUAAAAGCCCCCGACCUGUCAGGACCAAGGCAAAACCCUCCAGUCCUGCUUCGAUGCCAGUGGAAGAAAGAAAGACUAAAACAAGAACAAGAGCAGACGAGUCAACAGUCGCCGACUCUCCUGACCGCUCUCCUGUUCCCUCAUCCAACUCCAGGUCUCCUUUAAAAGCGAGUGGAAAAAGUAAAGCCAAAAAAGCAAAGAACGCGACUGUGGAGCCGCUGCAGGAAGGAGAGGAGGUGACGGACACCACGGGGAGGAAGUGGACACUGACGAGGCUGAGCAAUCAAACGGUCACUGACGUCAUUUAUGAAGUUUUGCAAACAGGUUCACGAUCAAAGGAAUCAAAUCACAUUCUCAAACUGGGAGUGAAAGACGGCAAAAUCUUCAAUGAGCAGAACUUUUUGCAGAGAGCUGCGAAACCUUCAAACGUCGACAAGUGGAUCAAACAAAACAAGAUGGAUUUCCUGGGAAUUCCGUCGUGUGUUGGCUUUGGUCUUCAUGCAGAUUCUUACAGGUUUCUGAUUUUCCCAAACAUGGGUCAGUCUCUGCAGUCUGUCCUUGAUGAAGACCAUUGUCUGUCUGAGAAAACUGUUCUGCAGCUCGCCUGUAGAUUAUUAGACGUCCUGCAGUACGUCCAUUCAAACGAGUACGUUCAUGCUGAUAUUAACGCAGACAACAUUUACAUCACAGCAGGACACACAGCACAGGUUUAUCUUGUAGGAUACUGCCACGCCUACAGGUACUGUCCAGGAGGCCAGCAUGUAGAGUACCGUGAAAACAGCAGGACACCACACGAGGGCAGCAUUGAGUUCAUCAGCCUGGACGCACACAAAGGAGCAGCUCCCUCCAGGCGCAGUGACCUUCAGUCUCUUGGUUACUGCAUGCUGCGCUGGCACACGGGGACGCUGCCGUGGAAAGACCUCAGCAGACCGGAUCAGGUCGCCGCCAGCAAACAGAGGUUCAUGGACGACGUCCCCGCUCUGUUAAAUCACUGCUUUGGGAAAACAAAUGUGUCUCGUGCAUUGCAGACGUACCUGAGUGCAGUGAUGUGUCUGCAGUUUAGUGAACAGCCUGAUUACUCUGAGCUCAAAUCUGGACUGAGGACCGUUUUACUGCAGAUGGGAGGAUCAGUGGAGCAACCACUGACCUUUUAGGUGUCAACACACACACACACACACACAUGGGAAUUGUUGUCUUGUUAGUUUUAGCUUUAGCAGCAGAAUGCACAUAAACUCAUUAUAAUCCAUUAGAGACAAAUAUAAUAAACCAUGACAAAGACUUUCUUCUCUUUAAAUGAAUUAUAGUGACAGUUCUUCUGUAACAGACACACGCUUCAUGACAUCAUCAUGACAUCAUAGAUCAGUGACAUCAUGAGCAUAGAUCAGUGACAUCAUCAUGAGCAUAGAUCGGUGACAUCAUCAUGAGCAUAGAUCGGUGACAUCACACACACUUGUUUCUGCUGCUGACAUUUUAAACACAUCUUACAUACUGAUCCUUUACUCGUCUGUCUGCGACAUCAUCAUCAUCAUCAUCAUCAUCAUUCAAUUGUUGCAGGUUUUACAAUUUUUAGGGUUAAAUGUCGAAAUGUUUGAUGUGAGAUUUUAACAUUAGAAUUAAAUGUAUAUUAAAUGUGAUGAAUGAGUGAGUGAGUGAGUGACUGAGUGAGACCAUUUCCUCUGCAGUGUGUGAUGUUUUCUUUGCACUGAAAGACACAUUUGAAUAUGAUUUGAAUAAUGAACACGGGUGUUUUUGUGUGGAUUUUAUUGACCUGGUUGCUGAUUGGCUCUUUAACCCUUCAGAUGUUGUUACUUUGAAUAAAGUGGAUUUUAUUUCCUAA